UAGACAAGUCAAUUGUGCAUAGCUCAUCUCAACUUUGAGCUUCUCUUUGAGAUUCCUUUCUGCCAUUUUACCUUAUCCAUUGUCUCUUCCCAUUAAAAACUGCAUACGGCAUUUCUUCUCACAGAAGAAGAUCAUGGUGUCUUUUCUUAGACUCAUUAUAUCAGAUAUACUAUCAAACUGAACCACAUUAGAGCCUACUAGUGUUAUUUUCUUGCCAUGCUUUAGAGUUUAAGCUGCUUUUGUAAUAUUUACAGACCUUAAGUCAAUGUUGUUAUGAUCUGUGCCAAGUUUUGAGUAUGUUGUUAAAGCAACUAUCAUUCACCUAAAUUUUGUAAAUUUGUUUGCAGAGAUUUUUGAGAAUGUUAUUUUUCUGUUAUGAAGAGUUGAUGAUUAUUUAUUAGAGCACUUGAAUGCAUGCCACAAUGCCGAAAGGACGUCCAUUCAUUUUUUAUUUCAAUGAAGUUGUAUUACAGGUGACCCUAAUUGCUCAAGGGGAUGUUCCACUAUCUAUUGUAAUGACAAUGUGCACUACACUUGGAGCUGUACUUCUCACUCCUCUUUUGACAAAAAUCCUGGCAGGAACAUAUGUUCCGAUCGAUGCUGUUAAACUUUCCAUCAGCACCUUGCAGGUGGUCGUUGCUCCAGUUCUACUAGGUUCAUAUAUGCAGAGCACAUUUCCUUAUGCAGCGAAGGUUUUGACACCUUUCGCCCCAUUAUUUGCUGUUUUAGCUUCAUCAUUGCUAGCAUGCAGUGUAUUCACUGAAAACGUGGUUCGUCUCAAAUCCUCAGUGGUAGCUGCUUCAUUGGCAUCUGAUCUAUCUCCAAUUUCCAGCAUUCAGUCAAUAUUGUCUGGAGAGCUAGGAGUUGUAAUGCUCUCUGUAGUGCUGUUGCAUUUUACCGGUUUCUUUGUGGGGUAUCUCGCUGCAGCUGCGGGCGGAUUCAAAGAACAGCAAAGACGAGUGAUAUCAAUCGAGCUCAUUCUCGAUCAUUCUCUCUUGGUUAACAGAGAGAGAAAACUGUUAGAAUCUAUUGUGUUGGAAAUCCAAAGGACGUUGAUGGAAUCAAACGGUGAUGGUCGACAUGCAAAAUUCUUCCUUGGGUGUGGUUUUAGCAACCGCUCAUUUCACUUCAUUAAUGGUUGCGUUGCCCCUAGCCUUGUCUGCGGUGAUUAUGAACAUCAUGGACAGCUGUUUGGGAUUCAUUUGGAGAUAUAUUGAUCCUUUUGAUUCAAACGGUAGUCCUAAAAUUGUUGAAAAGUGAGUAUAAAUCAUGUAAUUGU